AAUAAACCUACUAUGUACAAUGCUACAGUUUGAAUUUGAAAGUCAACACAAAUCUUAUGGAUAUUAUUUCUUGGGUUUAAUGAAAGAAAAUGGUUGCAAUAUCAUCUUAUUAUUGGCUUAUGACAAAUAUCGUGAGGAUAAAAUUUAUAUGCACAAUACUUUGAAUCAUUCACAUACCUUACUGCAUAUAAAUUCUUAUUAAAAAUAAUUUAACUUACUAUUAAUUUUCAAGGAUAUAUAUACGUAAUAUAUUCCAUAUAAGUAAUAUUCUAGCCUCCAUCUUGUUAAAAGUUUAUUUUAGAAACUAAAUUUUUUUAAAACCGUUUUUAGUGAUGCUUUGCAACUAAAAGAAAGCUAAAUAAUAACCUCAAAGUUUAAAAAAAAUUGAUAAAAAUUCUGUUUAAAUAAUUAUAAGAUUUACAGUAGAGCCCUUAUCUUUAGAUAUGAAAACAACAAUACCAUGAUUAUUGUUCUGUGAUAAAUGUAAGAGAGGUGAAUUUUGUGUUAAAAGUUCCAUUGUCAUUUGUCUAGUAGCCUAGAAAUAUUUAUCAUGCCUUUAUAUUAUGUGGAUACAUUCUGUUUAUGGAUCAUCCAAAACCCAAGCGAAUUAAGAAAAUUAAAGAGGAUUUGGGUGAUUCUCAGACAUGCGAAGACAUUGGUGCAGAAUCUGAGAGUAUCGAAGUUUUUUUCAAACACAUUUACCAGUCUUGUUGGUAUUGGGAGAGUCGGUCAGCUUAUUCAACCCGAGGCCUCAAUCACCAUCAAAGAAAGUGCGUUUGGAGAAAGGGAUGCGUAUACCGUUAGUAUAUCCAGACGAGAGGUGAAUCCAGAUAGUAUUUCUCAUCUAGGAUCCGACGAUUUUGCUAAAGUACUUGAAAGUGGAGUGUAUAUUGACAAAUCCUUGUUGAUAGAAGAACUUUUUAAAUACGAUUGUGUCUUACUAACGGCUCCGCGUGGAUUUGGAAAAUCUACAAAUAUGGAUAUGGUAAGGCGAUUUCUAGAAAUAGUAACAGGAGAAGAUGGCUAUCCAAAAGACAUAAGAACAACUUACAAUUAUAAACUAUUCAGAGAAUAUGAAUUACAAAUAACAAAACAUCCGAAAUUCUGUAAAGAUCACAUGGGCCAGCAUCCUGUUAUGUUCAUAAAUUUUCAACCGUUAAGUAUUUUGAAUGAUUUUGAUGACAUGGUAUCAAAAUUCAGAACAAUAUUAAGGAAAACCUUCUCAUCUCAUCAGUAUCUCAUGAAAAGUUUAGGACUUUUGAUGAAAUCAAGUCACGAACAUUUUCAAAAAUACUGCGACCCCAGUGAGAAUUUAGAACUAACAUUAUCAGAAGUUGAAACAGGUUUUAUUUAUUUAUCUGAACUGCUUUUUUUACAUUUUAAAAAACCAGUUAUGAUUUUAAUAGAUAAUUACGACGCGUAUGUCGAUAGUUUAAUGUUUAAGAAUAAUCCAGAUACUGUUAAAAUUCUCGAAUUUAUCCAUAAAAUUACAACAAAUUUAGUUAAGUCUAAUCAUUAUGUAGAUAAGGCCUUCCUAACUGGAGUUUUCCCAAUAGCAAAUUCAGGUAUAUUCACAGUAACGGCUAAUAUAAAAAGUUUUCAUUUUCUCGACAACCACAAUUAUUGUAAAUAUUAUGGUGUAACGACUGAUGAGUUAACAGAAGUUUUGAAAAAGUUCAUUAUGGAUCCUAACGAAAGGGAAAAAUCCGAGCGGAUAAUAGCCGAAUAUUACGGCGGAUACAUAGUACCCAGUCAUAAUAUAUCCAUUUGUAACCUUUGGUCAGUUUUAAAUUAUUUAGAUAACAAAAGGGUACCGCUUAAUUAUUGGUGCCAAUCUGAACAUUAUGAUUAUUUCAAAAUUUUAUUUUCUUUAAAAGAUAUCGCCGACGAGAUCCAACAAUUGUUAUUGGGUUUAUCGAGAUGCACUGACGUUUCUAAACCGUUUACUAACCUAAAUUUCGAAACUUUAAAUAAGAUAAUAAACGGCGAAGAUACGUGGGGAUGCGCACCGAUGUUAAUCUUGAAACUUCUCUACCAUCUAGGUUAUUUGACUUACAACGAAAGUUUGACAUUUGAUCAAUCGGAAGUUUGCUUAAAAAUACCGAAUUCCGAGGUGCGAUUGGAAUUCGCGAGAAUCCUCAAAGAUACAUAUAUAAGGAAAUAUUUAUUUAAAGAAAAAUACAUAAGAGCUUUACACAAUUCAGCCAAUUCUUUUACGGUAUCUUCGUUCGAUACUGUGAAAUUCGAAAAUUUUUGUAAAAAUCUCAACGACCUGUUUUCGAGUUCCAAUUAUUUUGACGAACCAAAAGAUUCCAACGACGUUCAGAACGUAUUGUUCACAAUAUUGGCUAGUAAAUUUUGUAUAACCCAAGCGGAAGUCUACAGAAGUAAUUUGAGUAAUACUGUGGAUAUAUUGACGGUAAACGAUUCUGGUGUUGGCAUAUUUUUAGAAACGCGAAUUCUAUAUCCCGAACGAGAAGAGACUGACAAAGAUGUUGCUACUACAGCGCACAAACAAAUAUUAGAAAAAAAAUGCUGUGAAUAUUUCGAUAGGAACUUCGAAGCUACUAUGGGAAAGAUUUGUAUUGGUAUUUGCGUCGAUGAUAAUAAGAAAAUUAGUAUCGCUUAUUCUUAUAACUUUCAAGUUGAAGAUGAUAUCGAAGUUUCGACUUUUUUAUCUGUUGUGUAAAUACCAUUUUUUCUCUGUAAUAUAUUUGUCCGCCAUUUAA